CUUCUUCGCCUCAGCCCGGCACUCAGUUCUUCCAUGACUCUCAUGUUCGCCCUCGACGAGCAUCUCAUCUUCGGCACCUGGGUGUGCGACCCCAUCCGCCCCCUGGCCAACUCGACCCUGCCAGCCUGGUGGACCCGGGGCGGGCUUCGCUGGCGCUGGGUCCUGAUUCUCUUCUACCCCGCUACGUACCUUCUGGCUUUGCUGAACCUGCUUGUUUCUGGGGGCCAGCCCGGCUCGGCAAAGUGGUACCUCUGCGGCCUGUUCUUCAGCAUUGCCCACAUGUUCUUUGUGCGCAUGGCUCUUCGCCGGAUCGCGGCCAUUGAGAAGGGUAUUCCCAAGGGCAACGUCGUCCGCUCGAUGGAGGCUUGGCUCAAGAUGAAUUGGGUUCGAGCGCUGAUUACGGACUUGCCGGCUUGGCUGUGCUUCAUCGCGGCCGCGGUGAAG